AUGUUAUCAGACGACAUCAUGGACAGUGUCCUGGCCAGCUCAACCACCGCGAGCUUUCCAUAUCCAGUCCACACCGGCUUCUGGACGAAUUGCUCCCACGGGAGGGUCCUGGGUGCGACUCUCACGUUGAGGCAAAACGACGCUAACCUGCUCAUCGCUUUCGUCGCCUUGUUUGCAGCUCUGGUCGCCGGACACAUGUGGCGAAUACUGUGCUUCGGAAUACAUGCUUAUUACUCCACCGCCAAGGCCCGCGAUUUCAUAUAUCACCAGCAGCAGGCUCUGCUUCGAAACAGCUCCGGUGCGGUUUCAAGCGCCUUCGCCUUGAUCGAGCUCGGCUGGGCAUGGCGCAAGCUGCCGAUAGCAUGGCGGCUCCUGCCUUUGAUCGCCCUCACCUUGCUCCUAGGCAUCUUUCUCGCCCUUUCCGGGUUUUCUUCGAAAGUCGCAACCGGAAACGAGGUCCUCAUCCUCGGAACUCAUUGCGGAAUACCCCUGAGUCCUGCCUUUGUCAACGAUUCUGUUGAGUUUGGGGACUACGAGCCUUACAUAGCAGGGUUUUAUCACGGCAGCGGCUACACAAGCAGUAGGAUGCUAUACUACAGUGUCGUCGAAAACGACGAGAGCGAAGGCUGGUUGCGGUGUCUAUAUCAGCCCUGGAUUAACCCCGACAUUGACCGAAACGCGUCUUGUCCCUUUGGAGUAUCAUGUCUGAAUGAGAGCGGGAACCUGUUACUUGACACCGUCUUCCUAGACUCACAUGAAGAUUUUGGAGUAAACACACCUAGGAACGAGAGGUCUUGGACGGGACGGCUUUCGCACUGCGCGCCUCUCAAGACAGAGGGACAUAACGACAUGUUCAACACGUCCAGGGAUCGCUCCUACACACGAUGGUACUACGGCAACGCGCCAACUACCAACCUUACAUAG